AUGAAGGUGAAUAACAAUGCAAUACAUGAAAUGAUCUCUACUGAGAUCAAAGUCGAGGUAGAAACAAAAGAUGAUGAGGUGAAAAUAAAUGAACUCAUUUCGGUUCUUUCUUCUAGCGAAAAAAACAGGUAUAUAUCCAAAGUUAAAAAAUUGACAUUGGAGGUUAAUUACGAGACAUUUCCCGAUAGUGGACUAUACGACGAUGUCAUUGGCGAAGAAUGGUGGGAUAACUCGUGCAACACUCUGAUUAAACUGUUGAUCGAAAAUAAUUACCUGAAUUUAGAAUGCUUCACUCUCUACUGUUUUGAAAUUGGGAGGAUUGACCUUUCGGAAUUAAUUUCUACUAACAGUAAAACACUUAAAGAAGUUCAGGUAUUCACAGUGGGCGAGAAGAUCACGGAUCGACACAUAAACAUGUUUAGCAAUCACUGUAAUAACUUGGAAUUUUUCUCUAUGACUGUUCAUCCGCUUUGUUGCAUUGGGGUUGUUAAUGGGUGCAUUACAGACAAGGCAGUAAUAAGACUCGUUUCCACAAAUCCAAGGAUAAAAUAUCUGGAUCUUGGCUCAUGUGAAAAGUUAACCAAUAUAUCUCUAGAGUGUAUCACUUUGUUUUGUGAACAUAUCCGAGAAAUAGACUGUUUUAGUGCUAGCAGUAUAACGGAUGCUGGCCUUCGCAUACUUUUUGAAAAGGCAGGAAAGGAAUUGCAAGAAAUUUCAUUGAAUGGGACCCAAAUUACCAAAAAUGCACUAAAUCUCUUCCCUAGUAGUGCGCAAUUAAAACGAGUCUCGUUAGAGGGUUGUAGUCAUAUUUCACCCCAAGAUAUAAACGCCGUUAAAAGUCUUAUGCCAAAGACUAACUUCAUUUACUAG